AUGCAAGCUAGCCCCAUCCGAAUCCCGACUGUCGACAAUGACACUGCCUGGGACUUCUGCUUCCGUCUACCACAGCAAACUGAGAUCCCAACACACCAGCCAGCCGAUGAGCUGAAUACUGCUUGCGGGUCUGGAGAGAGUGACGACGACACGAUAGCCCAGACAGAGGAGGCAGCCGUUGAUUGUAUGUCGCUUCCCAGAGAGAAAUUAGCUCAAGCCCAGAAGAAAACAGCUCAGCUGAUUAAAGAAAAAAUGAAUAUCCAAGCAAACAAGGAGCUGAUUCGAUGUGUCAUCCUUUCUCGGAUUAUUUUUGGGGCAGAUCAUUGGAAAUGUGCACAGGCUUUGGCCAGCUUGGCUUAUGGCUACUUGACAUUGAGAGGCCUCCCAGCUCAGGCCAAGAAACAUGCUGAGUCCGCCAAGACCACCCUGUUGACCUGGAAGGGAAGCACAAUAUCAGACAAGGAGAAAAAGGAAAUCCUGGAGGCCCUGGUCAUGCUCUACUACACUCUGGGAGUGUCUUGGCUCCUCCAAAACCAUGGCAGAGAGGCCUAUUCCAACCUGCAGAAGGCGGAGAGAAACAUGAAGGAGCUAAAAGAAUUAUGUAAGGGAAGUGUUUGUGGACUACAAGUGUCAGAAAAAGACCUAACAAUUGCUUUGGGGAGAGCCUCUUUGGCCAUCCACAGGUUGAACCUGGCUUUGGCAUACUUUGAGAAGGCAAUUGACAAUGUGAUUGCUGCCAAGGGUGAUGGCACACCAGACCUGAUCAGUCUGUACCAGGAAGUUGCACAAAUUGAACAGUUGCGGAGGAACCAUGACCAGGCCAUCCAGUACUUGAAGCAGGCCCAUUCUGUCUGUGUGUCUUCCUUCACUGAAGUCAGCCCCCAGACUGCAGAGGCUAGUGCUUUACUAGCCAAAGCUUACGCCAUGUCCGGAGACCCUCAGCACAAGGAUGCUAUUGAGACACAUUUUAUAAAAAGUAUUAGUGCGUAUCAGGUGACAUUGGGCUCAGAGGAGUCUGAAACACUGGCUACCAUUGAAGAAUUUUGCAAGUGGCUUGUCCAGAAUGGGGAAAAACAGGAAGCUUACAGACUGCUAAAGUCUUCUUUGAAGUCCUCGGUUACCAACUACAGUAACUGUAGUGAAAAACUGGCUGAGACUUUUUAUAACAUGGGCAGGAUCUGCUUUGCUGAAGGAGACCUCGGGAAGGCAGUUCAGCUGCUGAGGAAGUGCCUGAUGAUUCAAAUCUUAGUGUAUGGAAAUGAACACAGUAAGAGCAGAGAGACAAAAAACCUCCUUACCCUGCUGCAGAGGGCAAGCGCCAGUUCAAGCCGAUGGAGUAGAGACGCUGUGCCAGGGAGAAGGAACUCCUGCAGAGACACUGAGGCAUGACAGAGGCGCUGGGCCCAAGGGACGGAGCGGUCUUCUGUUAUCAGUAAAGAGAAAAACCUCUAUCCAAGGGAGCCAGCAAUAAAGUCCACCGUGGCAAUGAACAUCUUGGGCCA